GGCGGCGCUGCCUCACAGAGUCGUUCCCCACGCACACACUCUCUCUCUCAGAACCCCAACCCCAAACCUCGCUCAUGCCCCUCCGCUUCUCCUCGAAACCCUAAUCCCUCCCUCCCCUCAAAACCCUCAAAACCCUAGCUCUCCGAUCCAGAGGUAGAAGACGAAGACGACGAAGACGAAGAGGGGGAAGUAGGGAGAGAGGCGGAGAAGCACCAUCCAUGGAUCGGCCUCGCCCUCCUCCUCUCUCGCCCAAAUCGAAGGAGGCAAGGGAGCGGGACAUGCGGGAGAAUAUCUGGUGGGGCGUCCGCGACCUUACCUUCCUGUACCCGGCCGAUCUAGCGGACGUCCCCCCCGUCGUCGCCAACGCCCUCAUCGGCCGCGACACCGACGGAUCCGGCCACACGAUCCUCAAGUUCCUCUAUACCGACCACACCACCUACUGCGACAUCGAUCUCGUCAACUCCCAGCUGUUCAGGUUGGAUGAGAAUGUCUUGCUGUGUGUUAGCCAGGAUGCCAAUGACGGCUGCGGUGAGAAGAAGUCAUAUUCGACCGCAUUUACGUUUGAACUUCGAUCAGAAGAUGAAUGCACAAGAUUCUAUAAGAAAUUUCAACACUUCAAACGAACGAUGACUGACGAAAAAGCUGGUAAACCUUUGGAGAAUGGAUCAGUAAAUCCUCCUAAAAGCAAGUUUGAUAAUAAAAUAGAGGCAUCCUCUGCCAAGAUGUACUUUCAUUAUUAUGGCCAGCUACUGCAUCAGCAGAACAUGCUGCAAGAUUAUGUGAGGACAGGAACAUAUUAUGCUGCAGUAAUGGAGAAUCGUGCAGACUUUGAAGGGCGUGUUGUGGUUGAUGUUGGGGCAGGCAGUGGUAUUCUUUCACUGUUUGCUGCUCAGGCUGGUGCCAAACACGUCUAUGCAGUAGAGGCGUCUGAGAUGGCUGAAUAUGCUCGGAAGCUGGUGUGUGGGAACCCAUCUCUUGGUCAGCGGAUAACGGUUAUUAAAGGGAAAAUUGAAGAAGUUGAACUUCCUGAAAAGGCUGACGUUCUGAUUUCUGAGCCCAUGGGAACUUUGUUAGUCAAUGAGAGGAUGCUGGAGUCCUAUGUGAUCGCGAGAGAUAGAUUCCUUGGACCUAAUGGAAAAAUGUUUCCAUCCCUUGGCAGGAUACACAUGGCUCCAUUUUCUGAUGAAUAUCUGUAUGUUGAAAUUGCAAAUAAGGCCCUCUUUUGGCAGCAGCAGAACUACUAUAGUGUUGAUCUUACCCCAUUAUAUAAUUCUGCUUUCCAGGGAUAUUUCUCGCAGCCUGUGGUUGAUGCGUUUGAUCCAAGGGUAUUAGUGUCACCACCGAUAAGUCACAAGCUAGACUUUACGCGCAUGAAGGAAGAAGACCUUUAUGACAUCGACAUUCCUUUGAAUUUCGUAGCAUCUGUUGGGACUAGGGUGCAUGGGCUGGCUUGCUGGUUUGAUGUCUUGUUUGGCGGCAGUUCCGUGCAAAGAUGGCUUACCACUGCUCCUGGUGCCCCUACAACCCAUUGGUAUCAACUCCGUUGUGUGCUCGCCCAGCCCUUGUAUGUUAUGGCGGGGCAGGAAAUCACCGGGCGUCUCCACUUGGUGGCCCACAGUGCUCAGAGCUACUCAAUUAACUUGACAUUGUCCGCUAAAAUGUGGGGUGUUGGUGCCGAGCAAGGAGGAAUUCUUCAGACAUCUUCUGGUAAACUUGAAUUGAAAGAACCAUACUACAGGCUGUCUCAACCGCAGCCCUACAUGGUGCAAGAUCAACAGCCGCCUCAACAAGCUACGCCGCUAUUUGAUUUUGUUGAAGCAGGAAAAUCCCUCACAAAUGCAAGAUGAGGGCGGUCCGAUUGUAGUACCAGUAGACCCAAAUCGGAACUCUGCAGAUUUAGAGCAAUAGCAUAUCGACCCACGCCGCGGCUGCAGGUCUUCAACCUACUAUUAUCUCAGAAUUGUAAAAUGAUGAUGUGCCAUUUCAUCGACCGCGGUCAAAGUGCUUCUGUAUAUUAGCACCAUUAACCAGCCCUUUUACGUUGAUGCUCUUCUCGGAAAGAAAUAAUGUAUGAUUGAUAGAUCAUUUAAACUGUGGGAACAAAUUUUACCAUUCUCUAUUUCUUUCUGUUUUCUUCUUUUGUGCUACUGAUUAUUUCCUUUUCCCAUUGUUGGCGAAUAUGUGGCUGUUCUUAAAGUGGCAAAAGUCCUUAGCCAGUUUGUCAAA